GCCCGAAGAGAAAGUUAUCUCCCCUCUCUCUCUCUCUUUCUAUGCUUGAGUUUGAAGAUGGGUUGGUACUUGCUGUGAUGUCACCCCACUGUGAGAACAUUCAUUCCACCCGCAGCGUGGCUCACCAGCUCCUCUCCACAGAGAAACAGAAGCAGGCAGCGUUACGCAGACCAGUGACAUCAGAGGAGCGACUUUGUUCACAUGUUUUUCCUUCAUGUUCGGGAUCAGGUGGGAGUACCAGAACUAUGUUCACAAUCUCUCAUGCAAAAAAUAUAUAUGCUAUUUCAGGAGCUCGGUGUCGGCAGCUUUGGAAUCUGCUGUAGGAUGCGCAGCGUUUGUUCGGAUCUGGAGCGUUGCGCACAGCAGAGCGCCGAUCUCUAGCGACGCAGCAGAGCGCGCCCAGCCUCGGUUGUUUUAGAAGGGGGCAAAUAUUACCAAAAAUGAUCCGAAAGAACUGUUUUCAGCCAGAAUGGAUUUGAUGGAUUUAAACGUGUUGUUGCAAAACGUUUCCAGGGAUGACAACACCACCGACGCACCGCUCUCACUGCCACACACGGAGGCAGCCACGGCGCUCAUCAUACUUGUGGUUAUUGUUAUGAUAUCGGUGACUAUUGUGGGCAACGUGUUAGUUAUUGUUGCGGUUCUGACCAGCAGGGCGCUCCGUGCGCCACAGAACCUUUUCCUAGUCUCCCUGGCGUCGGCGGACAUCCUGGUUGCCACGCUGGUCAUCCCGUUUUCCUUAGUCAAUGAGGUGAUGGGCUACUGGUACUUUGGAAGUACUUGGUGCGCCUUCUAUCUGGCUCUGGAUGUGUUGUUCUGCACCUCAUCCAUUGUGCACCUGUGCGCCAUCAGUCUGGACCGCUACUGGUCGGUGACAAAGGCUGUGAGCUACAACCUGAAGCGAACGCCAAAGCGCAUCAAAUCCAUGAUCACCGUGGUGUGGGUGAUAUCUGCCAUCAUCUCCUUCCCCCCUCUUCUCAUGACCAAGCACGACGAGAGGGAGUGCGAGCUGAACGACGAGACCUGGUACAUCCUCUCCUCCUGCCUGGUGUCCUUCUUCGCUCCGGGUCUCAUCAUGAUUCUGGUUUAUUGCAAGAUCUACAAAGUGGCCAAGCAGCGCUCCUCCACCGUGUUUGUGGCCAAAAACGGCCUGGAGCGAGAGCCUUCCCAGUCAGAGACCUGCUUCGCCAGGAAGGACCGGUUCGAGGUGGAGAGUCCCAGCAGCCAGAGCUCCGGCAGCCAACAGCAGAGGCAGGGGGAGCUGGAUGACAUCGACCUGGAGGAGAGCUGCUACUCCUCGGACACCAAGCCCCGCCACAACCGCUUCACCAAGCGCAGGAAGGUGGAGGGGUCGGACUGCUGCCCGCCGCAGAGCUGCCGCCUCUCCUGGGCUUCGGCUCGGGCAUCGCAGGCGUACCCGGAGCAGAAGAACCCCGCCGAGCGACAGCAGCUGGCUGCGGCCAACAAGACCAAAGUGGCCCAGAUGCGGGAGAAGCGUUUCACCUUCGUGCUGGCGGUGGUGAUGGGGGUGUUUGUGCUCUGCUGGUUCCCCUUCUUCUUCACUUACAGCCUCCAUGCAAUCUGCAGAACCAGCUGCACCAUCCCCGACGCACUUUUCAAACUUUUCUUUUGGAUUGGCUACUGCAACAGCUCGGUGAACCCCAUUAUUUACACCAUUUUUAACAGAGACUUCAGAAGAGCCUUCAAGAAAAUCGUAUGCAGAACUUCAAAGCGCACGUGAAGGGAGUGCUUUUUUUUAUGUCAUUAAUAUGAGAUCUGGAAAUGUGUAGAGAUGCACCAAUCAGGCUUUUCCCGGCCAACACCGAUUUCUGCUCUUCAUUUAGGUCCAACAUGUUGAUUUAAUUUUUCCCUCAGUAAAAUAACACAUUAAAGGAUAAAAGGCACUUCAAGCUCUUAGAUGCACGUAGUAGGUUUGAACCCAGUGGAAAUGACCAUUCCUACUAUUUUGAAAUUUGGAUAUGUAUAGAGAUGCACUGAUCAGGCUUUUCCAAGCCGGGCCAAUAUAGAUUUCCAAUUUUCUUUUAGGUAUUCCUUCCGAUUCAAAUUUGCUUCGUUCUGUUUAUUAUUAUUAUUAUUAUUAUUAUUAUUAUUAUUAUU